AUGACGCUUAUUAAUUACCCCGACUUAGGUUUAUGGCCGGGCAACUUCAAGGUCUCUAUAGCCACCAUCGCGUAUAAAAGAAGCCGACUAACGGAGACAUUUACCGUAAGAUCCGAUAAUACGAGGGCGAGUAUAACGAAGCUUUUAGGGAGCGAUGGUUUAUAUAUCUAUCGUAGACGCGCCUUUAAUAGGCUACUGGCUAUUCCUAGGCUUUGGCAAGGAAUAAGGAUUAGUAUACAAGAUUUCGACGGCCUAAUCCUAUCUUUAUACACCUUCUUCAAGGAUUUUAAAUACCUAGAAAGCUAUACUUAUUAUGUAAAGCGACUUUACGGCCCAUCGACUGGCUCGGUCUAG